AUGAAUCACUUAUUUAGAGAAUGCCCGGUUUCAGUAUCAGUAUGGGGAGAAUCAGCAUGCCAGAUUUUUCUAUCUGAAUAUAAUUUGGAGUUCCCAAAGUGGCUAGUUUGGGUCUUUGAACAGAGUAAUCCAGUCCAGUGUAGGAUUUUCUGCAGCACUUUAUGGGCAAUCUGGGGAGAUAGAAACGCAAGAGUGCAUAAGAAGGUCAGUAAAUCUGGAAAAGAGAUAGUAAACUUUGUCCACAGUUAUAUUCUUGAAUUAAAUGAGAUCGAAACGAGAAGGCCAAAAGUUUUUCCAGUUGUCAGUAAAUGGAAGCACCCACCUGAUCAGUUUGUGAAGAUCAACUUUGAUGCUGCAUAUGAUGUGAGAUCUUCUCAUGCGGUGCUCGGUAUUGUGGCCAGGAACAGCGAAGGAAAGGUUCUCCUGGCAUGCUCGAAAAUCCACAAUCAAGUCGCUUCUGCCUUUGCUGCUGAGGCAAUCGCGUGUAGAAGUGCAACUCAACUCGGCAUAGACAUGAAAUGGGGAAACAUUAUCAUUGAAGGGGAUUCAUUAACAAUAAUCAAAAAGUGCAGAACAAAGAGCCAAGAUAAGUCAUUGAUAGGGGCGUAUAUACAUGAUAUUCAACAAAUCUUGCUUAAAACUCAAAAAUACAGUUUUGAGUAUACUCCACGAACAGCAAAUCGUCUAGCACAUUCUAUUGCAAUCGAAUCAAUGAAAAGCAAGAAGGAAGUUUACCUCAUAGGAAGAGUCCCCGAAUAUGCAGAAAAAUUGAAGGAGAGGGAUAAUGUACAAACGUAUGCAUAUCUGCGAGAAGGUGGCGCUGCUGGGUCUGCUGCUUGGGGUGUGGCGGUCUUUGGUGGUCGCUACUAG